CCCAGAAGUCGACCAUACUUCUCCUUCUUCUUCCUUUCGCUGCUUUCUGUUCCCCGGCGUCCUGUCCGUCUUUUCUUUUUAGUGGGUUUGGUGUAUACAGACAGGGAUGGCGGAGCUGGAGGGGCUGGAGUUUGGGAAGUCAGACUUCGUGCUCCUGGAUGAGGUGACGAUGGAGCAGUUUAUGGAGAAUCUGAAGCUGAGGUUUGAGAAAGGCCGAAUCUACACCUACAUUGGAGAGGUGGUCGUCUCCGUUAACCCAUACAGACAGAUGGACAUCUACGGCAAAGAAACCAUUGAUGCGUACCGGGGCCGGGAGCUGUAUGAAAACCCUCCACACCUGUAUGCAGUGUCCGAUGCUGCCUACAAGGCCAUGAAGAGACGGGCCAAAGAUACCUGCAUCGUCAUAUCAGGUGAAAGUGGGGCAGGAAAAACCGAAGCGAGUAAAUACAUCAUGCAGUACAUUGCAGCCAUCACAAACCCAAGCCAGAGGGAGGAGGUUGAGAGCGUGAAGAAUGUGCUGCUCAAGUCCAACUGCGUGCUGGAGGCCUUUGGGAACGCCAAGACAAAUCGCAACGACAACUCCAGCCGCUUCGGCAAAUACAUGGACAUCAACUUCAACUUCAAUGGCGAUCCCACCGGAGGCCACAUCAACAACUACCUGCUGGAGAAGUCCAGGGUGGUCCAGCAGCAGGAAGGGGAGAGGAACUUCCACUCAUUUUACCAGUUACUGUGUGGAGGCUCAGAUGAGAUGCUGGCAUCAUUACAUCUACAGAAUGAUCCAGCUUUUUAUACGUUUACCAGAGAAGGAGCUGCAACUGCUACCUCCAACAAUGAUCGAUCGAGCCACAAAGCGGUAAUGAGUGCCCUGGAAGUGAUCGGUUUCUCUCAAGAGGAGAUUAACUCAGUUUAUCAGAUCCUGUCCUGCAUUCUUCUGUUGGGUAAUACGCAGUUUGAGAGUGACGGUGAGAGCGUUCAGAUCCUGGGACUGGAAGCCGUCAACCACAUCUCUGAGCUGACAGACACGGAUCCAGACAGCGUUAGCAAGAGCCUGCUGUACCGCACUGUGGCCACUGGGGGCGGCGAGGUCAUCGAGAAGGGACACACGGAGCAGGAAGCCUGCUUUGGACGGGACGCUUUCGCCAAGGCUCUAUAUGAGAGACUUUUCGGCUGGAUUGUAGGCCGCAUCAACAGUGUCAUUGAAGUUAAAGACUACAACCCAGUGCUCCAUGGGAAAAACACAGUCAUUGGCGUGCUGGAUAUCUACGGCUUCGAGAUCUUUGACAACAACAGCUUUGAACAGUUCUGCAUCAAUUACUGCAACGAGAAGCUGCAGCAGCUCUUCAUCGAGCUGAUCCUCAGACAGGAACAAGGCGAAUACCAGAGAGAGGGCAUCACUUGGCAACAUAUUGAUUACUUCAACAACCAGAUCAUUGUGGAUCUCGUGGAGCAGCCACACAAAGGCAUCAUCUCCAUUUUGGACGAGGCUUGCCUCACUGUUGGUAAAGUUACCGACACGGUCUGCCUGGACAGCAUGGACACCAAACUGGCCCAGCACCCCCACUACACCUCCCGCAAGCUCAGCCCCACAGACAAAACCAUGGACUUUCAGAAACACUUCCGUAUUCGCCACUAUGCUGGAGACGUCACAUAUUCUGUCGAGGGGUUUUUGGACAAAAACAAGGACAUGCUUUUCCAAGAUUUCAAGCGUCUCAUGUACAACAGUGCCAACCCAGUCCUGAAGGAGAUGUGGCCAGAUGGUCAGCUGAGCAUCACAGAGGUCACCAAGCGACCUCUGACCGCAGCCACCCUCUUCAAGAACUCCAUUGUGGCCUUGGUGGAUAAACUGGCCUGCAAGGAGCCUUACUAUGUGCGAUGCAUAAAGCCCAACGAGAUGAAGUCUCCGGUGUUAUUUGACGACGCUCGCUGCCAGCACCAGGUGGCCUACCUUGGCCUGAUGGAGAAUGUGAUGGUGCGCAGGGCAGGCUUUGCCUACAGGCAGCCCUAUGCUCGCUUCCUGCAGCGGUAUAAGAUGACGUGUGAGUACACCUGGCCGCACCACCUGAUGGCCUCAGACAGAGAGGCCGUGGAGACCAUUGUCACCCAGCACGGUUUCCAGGACGACGUGGCGUACGGACACACCAAGCUGUUUGUCCGAACGCCGCGGUCUCUCUUCACUUUAGAACAGGAGAGAGCCGCCCUCAUCCCCAUCCUGGUGCUCUUCCUGCAGAAGGUGUGGCGUGGGGCUUUAGCUCGUACGAGGUGCCGGCGUAUGAGGGCCAUCUAUGCCAUCAUGGGCUGCUAUAAGCGCUACAAGGUGAAGGCCCACUUCUGGGAGGUGGAGAGGAGGUUUGCUAAUGUACGAACCAUGGGCGACUAUGGAAAGAGCGUGGAGUGGCCGACCCCGCCUGCAGCUCUGUCCCAGUUUCACAACAUCACAGUCAUGCUGCAUCGCAGGUGGUGGGCGAGGCAGAUCGUGAAGAACAUCCCUCCGUCUGACAUGCUGGAGGUUCGGGCCAAAGUAGCAGCUCUGACUGCUCUGAGUGGAGAGAGGAAAGACUGGGGAGUGAGCAGAGCCUGGGAGAGGGACUACCUGGCCAACGUGCGAGACUGCCCUCAGACCAGCUCCGGCUUCAUCCGUGUGUCCAAGGAGCUGAAGAACAAAGACGAGUACAGCCAGGUCCUCUUCUCCGGCUUCUGUAGGAAGGUGAAUAGAUUCAACAAAAGCACAGACCGAGGCCUGCUCGUCACUGACAAGUACGUCUACAAAUUGGAGCCAAAGAAACAGAACAAGGUUUUGAAGAGGCUUCCUUUAGACGCUUUUACAGGCCUGAGCGUAACCAGCGGGGUUGACCAGAUGGUGGCGCUACACACGUCCUCGCAGGAUGACGUCCUGCUGUGUCUGCAGCGAGGGGAGCUGUGCCCCAACCAGGAUCGAGUGGGCGAGCUGGUGGGAAUGUUGGUGGACCACUUCACACGUGUACGAAAAGUCCAGUUCCCCGUGAAGAUUUGCCGUUCAGCCGUGCAGCUUCACAUGCGGGGCAAACCAAAGAGCGUCGCCGUAGAAACCAAACCCGGCCAGACCAACGCGGAUUUCAAGAAGAGCCGAGAUGGUUUCAUCCUGCUCGUCCCCGCUAACUAACAGUCUGUCCAACGAACCAGCAGCAACAGUUUGACCUCAGGACCCGGACGAGACCUGGUCCCUCGACAGAGCGAUGUAUUGACAUCUGAACUGAUCAAAACAUCAGUGAGGUUCAUAAUGCUACAAAGACAGGAAUGUAAAUACGUGACUGUCACGACUUUGCCUUUAAUACUGUUUACUAGGACUGUUUAAAUAUUUCUCACAAAGGUUUUAAAGUGUUGACACAAAGCAGAGACGCUGGCAGAGUCUGCGUUUUUAAUCCUGAGCUGAGGAGGACAGUGCUCACCGGACAAAGACAAAAGUGCCAAAUAGCUUUGGAGGAGAAAUUAGGACGUUAUUAUGUCGCUGUAGAGACUCAGGACAGAGCUGCCAAAAAACAUGUUCCAUACUGUUUUUUCGCUUUUGCUAUAUUAGAUAUUUGAAGAUAUUAUUGAAUGAAAAGGGCAACAAAAAACUUAAAGAAGUGAACUUUUUGAAUGAAAAACUGUGUCACAAUGCAUAAAUACUAUCAAGACAAACAUUCCCAAUAUAUUUUUGUACACUGAACUGUUUUGUGCGCCGUAUCAUGCUGUUGCCUUAAAAAAAAGGCAGACUGAAUUAUUCCAUGUCAAGUAAUAAAAAGGAGAAAGAGGAACAAGAAAGUGGAAGAAAAUAAAUUAUUCAGGAUUUACUUACGCGAGUUCU